UCCAGUUAGAGAAUAUACAGCAGCACUUCCUAUAAUAUUGAAAAAUGUUUUUAAAGGUCUAACCGCUAGAACGAGAGCUGCAGAGAGGCUGGGUUCUUCACAUGCAUGACAGUGAGACUCAAACGUCGACUAGAGAACUGUCACACACGGCUCUGCGAACAUAAGUCAGUUGAGGACGGGAAGAGAAAAAUAGGAAAGCCGAUUGUUUUUCUUUUUAAAACAGUAUUGAGGCUCACUAUUCGAUCUAAUCUAUCGUCUUUGUUGUUUUAGUGAGGCAAAGUCGCAGUGCGUAAAUGAGAUUUAAAAAAAACAUAUAUUUUUUGAAACAAUAACAGAGGGAGCGAUGCAUUUUUUCAACGUGUCCAACACACAGCUGUAGUUUUUUUUAACGAGCGAGGAAUGCUAUCUGAGCUCGCGCAUCAAUGUUUCACUGGGGCAAGUGGAAGAAGAGGAUGGGCGCGAAUAGUUCUUCUAAGAGACCGGUCUACGAUGAAAAGGAAGAUGUAACCUUUGACCACUUCCAGAUUCUCCGGGCCAUUGGGAAGGGAAGCUUCGGAAAGGUGUGCAUUGUGCAGAAGAGGGACACAGAGAAGAUGUACGCCAUGAAGUACAUGAACAAACAGCAGUGCAUAGAGAGAGACGAGGUCCGAAACGUCUUUAGAGAGCUAGAGAUCCUACAGGAAAUUGAACAUGUUUUUUUAGUAAACCUCUGGUACUCGUUCCAGGACGAGGAGGACAUGUUCAUGGUGGUGGAUCUGCUGCUGGGAGGGGACCUGCGCUACCACCUCCAACAGAACGUCCAUUUCAAUGAGGACGCUGUCAAACUCUACCUGUGUGAGAUGACCCUGGCACUGGACUACCUGCAGAGCCAGCACAUCAUCCACAGGGAUAUCAAACCAGACAACAUCUUGUUAGAUGAGCAAGGCCACGCCCACCUGACAGACUUCAACGUUGCUACAAUAAUCAAGGAUGGGGAGAGGGCCACGGCCUUAGCUGGAACCAAGCCCUACAUGGCCCCAGAGAUCUUCCAGUCCUUUGUGAGCGGGGGGGUGGGUUAUGCCUUUGAGGUGGAUUGGUGGUCACUCGGCGUGACGGUUUUUGAGGUGCUGCGUGGAUGGAGGCCCUAUGAGAUCCAUGCCAGUAACUCAGUGGAGUCUUUAAUGCAGCUCUUCAGUACAGUCAGUGUGCAGUACAACUCCACCUGGCCCAAGGAUCUGGUCCAUCUCAUGAGGAAGCUGCUGACGGUGAACCCAGAGCAUCGUUUCUCCAGCCUGUCUCACAUGCAGACGGCUCCCUACCUCUCUGACAUCAACUGGGACGCUGUGUACGAGAAGAAGAUAGAGGCUGGCUUUGUCCCUAACAAGGGCCGUCUGCAUUGCGACCCCACCUUUGAGCUGGAGGAGAUGAUACUAGAAUCUCGUCCCCUCCACAAGAAGAAGAAGAGGCUGGCCAAAAACAGGUCACGGGAAGCCAGCAAGGAUUCCCAGUCUGAGAACGACUACCUACAGGAGUGCCUUGAAGUCGUGCAGUCAGAGUUCAUGAUCUUCAACCGCGAGAAGUUGAAAAAGAGUCAGGAGGAGGGUGCAGAGGGAGGGGAGUGUGAAGGAGCUGCCGAGGGGGGUGAUGAUGGUGAUGGAGACGGAUCCGGAGAGGCUGAGGGAGGCACAGAGGAUGAGGAUCCCGAACCUGAGUCCUCCUCCAAACUGAGCAUGUGCGGCUCAGUCUGCUCCUCUCCUGGAAGCUCCUAGCACCGCACCGCCACCUGGUGGUCUCACAGGCUGGUGUGUGUGUGUGUGUGUAACCAUGCCUAUAGAUACUUUAACCUCUCUUAUGUAGCCAUGAUGACUGUGGGAACAGGGACGCACAGCAGAACAACAAUACACAGCAGGACACAAAAUGGCUCCCCUAUUUCGUCUUCUGUAGCAUCCAUCGUUAAGGCAUGAAUGGGACUGCAGGUUCCAGAGCGGUCCUGCCCUCCACGCCCCUAGAGUAAGCGCUAACUCUCUUCUAUGCAACGUACAGUAUAGCAUGAAGGUAAGGUAUCAUUACGAGAGGGGAUAACAAGCAGCAGUAGCCGCAGACACAGUACAUGAGCCUGAUGACAUACAGAGCAAUAGGAGCCAGGUUUAAGAGUGUAAGAUAUUUUUUUAGCAGAGCCUCCCUGCUCUUUCAACCUCGACUAGAUGUAGCUCCCACUGCAAACUCACAUGCUGAAUUAUUCAAAUAGAGUUAGGCACUCUUUGUUUUCUUUGCCUGUGUAGCUCUUUCAAUCCCUCUCAUUCUCUCUGUGCACCCUAUUCGGAACUACAAUAGUACUGUUGGGUUACCUUCCCCAAAUGCCUUUCAUUUCAAUGAUAAUAUAUAAUUGUAUCACAAUGCCAAUAUACAGUGUAGUGCACAUAGAAAUAGGAUUACUAUUAUAUUACCAUGUUCUAUGUGAUUCUAUUUCUAAGGUAGUGCAGUGGAUAGAGACUUUAAGAGGUUAAUACUGUUUCCAGUCGCAGAGAGUGAGCCUUAUUAGCAUAUAAUACUGUAUGGGCCAUUAAGGAUAAGGAGGUUUUGCAAGUGUAAAUAAAUCACUAGUUCAAUACUGUAAAACCACUUUAAAUGGUGUUGAUUGUUAAUCAAUAGCCAUUCAUCACACGUAAUUAUAUCAACAUUAUGCAUCAGCAUGCCAGUUUGAUUUUCCUACAGCGUUUACGCUCCUCCACCAAAACAUAUUCCCCUACGGUGUUAGAUUUCCAAAGGCCCUAAGUACAACUGCGGUGUAAAUGGAAGGUUUCCCUCACCAUCGAUCUCUGUGACUGUUGCCAAGAUGCUGUUCUUCUCACACUGUUCCAUUGUGGGCUAUAUGCUCGUACUGCUUUAGUUCUUACCUGUUAAACACAAACCUUGUCACUAACAGGGGAUCAGUCGUUCUAGUCAUUCUAUUUCUAUGGAUCAGAAAUGAUCAACUUCUUUUGAAUAGCUACAUUAUCCUUUAAUAGACAACAAUAGCUAUAACCUAGUGGAAUUUGACAAUUGUCUCUCAAAUAUGAUUGUCUCGAUCAUUUCAUAUAGAAAGUUAUCAUUGGGCAGUGUUUUGAGUUGUGUAGUUGAAACUUUCACCUAGUAGAGACAGUGGUACAUUUAAGGUGGUGCCAUUUACUCUCAGUAUGGGCAUCUGGGACCAUGUAGCAUAGUCCGCCUUAAAACCCUAAGGCCUAACAAAGUAACACGUGUAAAUAGACUAGCCUAACUCUCCACAGUUUUAUGUGGGACUUCUUACUAAAUUAACGUAAAUGUUACUAAAUUAAGAGUUGUAUGAAGCCAAACCUUCAUACAUUGUUGUACUGAUCUUAUUUCCAAGUGUGCAGGCACAACUUGUAGGCACAUAUGCCAAAGCUUUUCUACCAUUUGCAUAGCCAUUUCUUAGGAACUUUGAGUGUGUGAAUGUAUGUUUCCUCUCUGUUGUGCAUAGAACCACUGUUCCUUCAGCAAGUGAAAAUACUAUCAUUUGUAUACAACCAUUUUAUUGUGAUUAUAGAUAAAUGAAUGUUUUUUGGGAGGAAUUAAAUAGUAUUUAAUUAUAUAAUAAAAAAUCAAGAUCCCUCUUAAAGGUGAGGUGGGAAAAAAUGCAGUUUUCCUAUAAAAAUAAGCGCAUUAACUACGGCGAUAGCGUCUCGAACCCUGCAUGUACCUCUAUUCAAGGUUUUAUUCAGAUUUUGUAGGAGAGCCAAAUGCUAGGGUUUGCAUGGCUUACAAGUAUCUGCACAUGCAAGCUUCGGCCAUAGAGAUGGAUAGAGAUCUUUACUUGGCAAUAAUCUGUUUUUUCAUGGACAUUGCUAUUGAGGGCUUCCUCAAUUUUAAAGUAGUCAGUAGGGAUUCCUAUGCUUGGGAGCCAAAAGUUAAUAAUCAGAGCAUUUGCUUCUACUUCAAAUUGGAUUACCUGGUUGGUAAAUGGCUUUAAUUAAACUGUACCAAUGCCAUUAGUGGCCACAAUAAAUAAAUUACACACAAGAUUUGGUUCAGGACUCCUGUACUGCAGGUGGUGGUAAAUCACUAAUAUAAGCUGUAUGCAUUUUUCAAACAAAAAAGAAGAAGAAAUUUGACCACUUCAAUGGCGAUGCCCAUGCUCUCAGAUGCUAUAAUGGGAUAGAUACCAAGAUGAGUCGUCUAACUAAGUCUAUGGCAGUAGCAUACCUUGACUUUCGCCUCGUCCAAUCAGUGUAGCCCUGCCCUGUUUGCCUGUCUAUGUGAUGUCUAGGUUUACUAAAAACAAGAUUUACGACCUCCUACAACUGUACAAAUCAUUUAUUCCCAGUGUUAAAAGGAUGGUAUAAUAUUUUAGAUUGUAUGCAGUAACUUUUGACAUCCCGUAGUUUGUCUUAAGAAUAUGUUCAAGUGCACAGGCUUUUCCUUCCUUAAAUGGAUGUUUUAAUAAGUCAGUAAUUAUGCUCCAAUGUGGGUAAGUUAGAGUUUUAUGUGCUUAGUUAUGUAUAUAGAAAAGGUAUAAGCCCAAAGGUUUGGGGCAGUGUUUAAGUAUGCCCUUAGAUGGUCUUGGCUAUGUGAAAAGUCUUAAAUUGCUGCUAAAUAACAUACAUACAUGUACAGUACCAGUCAAAAGUUUGGACAUACCUACUCAUUCCAGGGUUUUUCCUUAUUUUUACUAUUGUCUUUAUGGUAGAAUAAUAGUGAAGUAAUAUAAUAGUGAUAAUAAUAAUAGUGGAUAGUGUAGUCAGAAAAACCAUCAAGCGCUAUGAUGAAACUGGCUUUCAUGAGGACCGCAGAGGAAAGGAAGACUGAGAGUUACCUCUGCUGAAGAGGAUAAGUUCAUUAGAGUUAACUGCACCUCAGAUUAGAGCCUAAAUAAGUGCUUCAACAGACACAUCAACAUCAACUGUUCAGAGGAGACUGCGUGUAUCAGGCCUUCAGGCCUGGUCGAAUUGCUGCAAAGAAACCACUACUUAAGGACACCGACAAUAAGAACAGACUUACUUGGGCCAAGAAACAUGAGCAAUGGACUUUAGACCAGUGAAAAUCUGUCCUUUGGUCUGAUGAGUUAAAAUUUGAGAUUUUGUGUUCCAACCGGUGUGUUUUUGUGAGACACAGAGUAGGUGAACAGAUGAUCUCUGCAUGUGUGGUUCCCACCGUGAAGCAUGGAGGAGGUGGUGUGACGGUGUGUGGGUGCUUUGCUGGUUUAGAAUUUUAGAAUUCAAAGCACACUUAACCAGCAUAGAUACCACCGCAUUCUGCAGCGAUACGCCAUCCCAUCUGGUUUGCGCUUAGUGGGACUAUCAUUUGUUUUUCAACAGGACAAUGACCCAACACACCUCCAGGUGGUGUAAGGGCUAUUUGACCAAGGAGCGUGAUGGAGUGCUGCAUCAGAUUACCUGGCCUCCAUAAUCACCCAACCAAAACCCAAUUGAGAUGGUUAGGGAUCAGUUGGACCACAGAGUGAAGGAAAAGCAGCCAGCAAAUGCUCAGCAUAUGUGGGAACUCCUUCAAGACUAGAUGUCCUGUUGAAAAUAAAUGAUAGUGGGACUAAGCCCAAACCAGAUGGGAUGGCGUAUCGCUGCAGAAUGCUGUGGUAGCCAUGCUGGUUAAGUGUGCCUUGAAAUCUAAAUAAAUCACAGACAGUGUUACCAGCAAAGCACACCCACACCAUCACACCUCCUCCACCAUGCUUUACUAUGGGAACCAUAUAUGCAGAGAUCAUCCGUUCACUCACACCACGUCUCACAAAGACAUGGCGGUUGGAACAAAAUAUCUCCAGACCAAAGGAAAAAUGUCCAUCAGUCUAAUGUCCAUUGCUCAUGUUUCUUAGCCCAAGCAAGUCUCUUCUUAUUAUUGGUGUCCUUUAGUAGUGGUUUCUUUGCAGCAAUUUGAUCAUGAAGGCCUGAUUCAUAGUCCCCUCUGAACAUGCUGAGAUUUUUCUGUUACUUGAACUGUGUGAAGCAUUUAUUUGGACUGCAACUUCUGAGGCUGAUAACUUUAAUGAAACUAUCCUCUGCAGCAGAGGUAACUCUGGGUCUUACAUUCCUGUGGCGGUCCUCAUGAGAGCCAGUUUCAUCAUAGCACUUGAUGGUUUUUGCGACUGCACUUGAAGAAAUUUUCUAAGUUCUUGACAUUUUCCGUAUUGACUUAUCGUAAUGUCUUAUCGUAAUGAAGGACUGUCAUUUCUCUUUGCUUAUUUGAGCUGUUCUUGCCAUAAUAUGGACUUGGUCUUUUACCAAAUAGGGAUAUCUUCUAUAUUACCCCCAUACGUUGUCACAACACAACUGAUUGGCUCAAACUCAUUAAGAAGGAAAGAAAUUCCACAAAUUAACUUUGAAGAAUGCACACCUCUUAAUUCAAAUGCAUUCCAGGUGACUACCUCAUGAAGCUGGUUUAGAGAAAGCGUGUGCAAAGCUGUCAUCAAGGCAAAUGGUGGCUAUUUGAAUGAUCUCAAAUAUAAAAUAUCUAUUUUGAUUUGUUUAACACUUUUUUUGGUUACUACAUUAUUCCAUAUGUGUUAUUUCACAGUUUUGAUGUCUUCACUAUUAUUCUACAAUGCAGAAAAUAGUACAAAUAAAGAAAAACCCGACUGAGGUAUUCUAAAACUUUUGAUCAGUAGUGUGUGUAUACACACACACACACACACACACACACAGUGUAUUUGGAAAGUAUUCAGACCCAUUGACUUGUUCCACAUUUUGUUAAGUUACAGCCUUAUUCUAAAAUCGAUUAAAUAGUUGUUUUUCCUCAUAAAUCUACACACAAUACCCCAUAACGACAAAGCGAAAACAGGUUUUUAGACAUUUUUGCAAAUGUAUUAAAAACAGAAAUACCUUUAUUUACUUAAGUAUUCAGACCAUUUGCUAUGAGACUUGAAAUUGAGCUCCUGGUGCAUCCUGUUUCCAUUGAUCAUCCUUGAGAUGUUUCUACAAUGUGAUUGGAGUCCACCUGUGGUAAAUUCAAUUGAUUGGACAUGAUUUGGAAAACCACACACCUGUCUAUGUAAGAUCUCACAGUUGACAGCGCAUGUCAGAGCAAAAACCAAGCCAUGAGGUCGAAGGAAUUGUCCGUAGAGCACCGAGACAGGAUUGUGUCAAGGCACAGAUCUGGAGAAGGGUACCAAAACAUUUCUGCAGCAUUGAAGGUCCCCAAGAACACAGUGGCCUCCAUCAUUCUUAAAUGGAAGAAGUUUGGAACCACCAAAACACUUCCUAGUGCUGUCUGCCCGGCCAAACUGCACAAUCGGUGGAGAAGGGCCUUAGUCAGGAAGGUGACCAAGAUCCUGAUGGUCACACUGACAGAGCUCCAGAGUUCCUCUGUGGAGAUGGGAGACCCUUCCAGAAGAACAACCAUCUCUGCAGCACUCCAUCAAUCAGGCCUUUAUGGUAGAGUGGCCAGAUGGAAGCCACUCCUCAGUAAAAGGCACAUGAGAGUCCGCUUGGAGUUUGCUAAAAGGCACCUAAAGGACUCUCAGACCAUGAGAAACAAGAUUCUCUGGAUUGAACUCUUUGGCCUGAAUGCCAAGCGUCACAUCUGGAGGAAAUUGGCACCAUCCCUACGGUGAAGCAUGGUGGUGGCAGCAUCAUGAUGUUUUUCAGCGGCAGGGACUGGGAGACUAGUCAGGAUUGAGGGAAAGAGAGCUGCUCCAGAGAGCUCAGGACCUCAGACUGGGGCGAAGGUUCACCUUCCAACUGGACAACGACCCUAAGCACAUAGCCAAGACAACGCAGGAGUGGCUUCUCUGAAUGUCCUUGAGUGGCCCAGCCAGAAACCGGACUUGAACCCAAUGAAACAUCACUGGAGAGACCUGAAGAACCCGAUCGAACAUCUCUGGAGAGACCUGAAGAACCCAAUCGAACAUCUCUGGAGAGACCUGAAAUAUCUGUGCAGCGAAGCUCCCCAUCCAACCUGACAGAGCUUGAGAGGAUCUGCAGAGAAGAAUGGGAGAAACUCCCUAAAUACACGUGUUCUAAGCUUGUAGCGUCAUACACAAGAAGUCUCGGCACCUAAAGGACUUUCAAAGGUGCUUCAACAAAGUAUUGAGUAAAGGGUCUGAAUACUUUUGUAAAUGUGAUAUUUCAGUUUACAUUUUUUAAGUAAACGUCUAAAAACCUGUUUUUGCUUUGUCAUUAUGGGGUAGAUUGAUGGGGGGGGGGACAAUUAAAUCCAUUUUUGAAUAAGGCUGUAACGUAUCAAAAACUUAGUCAAUGGGUCUGAAUACUGUACGAAUGCAAUGUAUGUAUGUAUGUAUGUAUGUAUGUAUGUAUGUAUGUAUGUACACACACAUGCAGUGGGGUCUGAAAUAAAUCACACCCUUGAAAAAAAUUUGCAAAAAUGACCAUAUAAAUAAUUCAAAUACGGAGCUAUAUUGUUUGGGAAAUUAUAUUAUUUUAUACUAAUACAACUGCUCAGAGAAAGAUAUUUUGUUUAACAAGUAAUACUUUCAUAUUUGCACAAAAGCGUCUGCUAAAUGGCAUAUACUAUCAUAUUAUGACUUUUUUCAAAAGGUAGGGGUCAAAAUUAUUGUCACCCUUUUUUUCAAUACCUUUCAAUACCUCACGAGGAUAACAGUACUGAGACAUUUACAAAAUACAAAUGUUUUAUGGAUUGGAGGACCUUGGGAGGGAUUUUAGACCAUUCCUCCGUACAGAAUCCUUCCAGAUCCUUGAUAUCCUUCUUCUACACUUCUGGGCCGCUCUCUUCAAUUCAAACCACAGGUUUAUUAUAUACAGUAUAUAUACAGCUCUUUGACAUGUCUUUACAUUGUCCUCUAAUGACGAUUAGAUUAAAAAGUUGAUUGGAUGCUCAGUCUCCACUGCUAGAAAUGGCCAUGUAAUUAUGUUCAGUAUUUGUAAUGAAUAGUCAUGGGAUUUAAUAGAACCCUGGAUAGCUUUUUUCAACAAUAUUGUAGCCUAAUAUCAUUCCCUUGGUAUCUAAAAUUCAUCUCCAUUCCUGAUCGGAUGUUGCUUGCCUAACUCGCGAAAAAAAUCGAAACCACGUUCUUACCAAUGUGUUUACAUUCUAGUUUAUCGGAUAACAUUGUUGUAAGUACUACCACGGGACCUUUACCGUGAACUGGAUAAGGAUCACCGCUCUCACAUCUAACAUUAGUGUCUGAUCUUUGUAGAAACAUUUAGUAAAAUACUGUAUAUUAUUUUUAAGAACAAAAAAAAAAACCUGGUUUGAUGAUCUAUGACCCCUCUCCUUUUUGUGAUCCGAUUUUGAACAUGUUCUGUAACAUUUUUAUGGUGACUAAAUAAAUACACUUGCAACUAGCCUGGGUCUCAGUGGAAGCCUUGUACUGUACCUAUUCAAACUGCUCUGUGUAUUGAAACAUACUGCUUUAACUGCUUUGAUAAAUAAAUACAUUCCUUCUAGUA